AUGUUCCUGCAUGCUGGUGCUAGCUUACACGGUCACGAAUAUUCAACAAGUCGUCCAUCAACACAGGGACACCAAGGACCGUUGCCUUUCCUUCGCUCUGCGCUUCGACGCCAAUCUGAUGGUGACAGGACUGCAAGGCCCAUGUCCGCAGUUAUAACAUCAUCAUCAUCGCCCUCGCCACAACCGCGACCUGUAUCAUAUCAUGAGAAGAUCGCUUCAAUAACAACCGUGACACCUAUACGUCGCACCUCUCGACCAAGGCCAGUAUCCGAGUACAUGCCUCGGCGGGAUCUAUCUGUUCGUUUCCGCGACCCUGAAACCGAUGAUGAAUUGCCGUCCUCAGAAGUUCAGAGUGAAGAUGAAGGUUCAGCUGCUUGCUCGGAUGUCAGCGACCUGAGUGACUCUUCUACGACACCAAGGAGGAGAAGGAGAAAGCGCACUUUUAGAAAAUCGACACAAUUUCUUCUCGCACACCCUGCUCCUCGACCAGGAGUCAGACAACGUCGACUAGUUCAGCGUCCCAGACUGCUCCUGCAAUUACAGGAACUUGGCGAGAAGCGCCCUAUACCUGCCUUCGACGUAGUGCCGUCCAGCCUCAUCACUGGUUCUCAGAUAGUACCUCGAAUGGCGAAACGUUGCCCACACCUGUUUCGAACCAAGCCAGCACUUGGUGCCAACGAUCUUCUCAUUGUCCGCAGCGAGGACUAUGGCACACCAGCAUCUCCUGGAUCGCUGGACGCUGAGGAUUCCCUUGACCAGAGGGACGUUGUUGCUGUGGUUAGCCCCCUUCCGCAAAUGGGCGAUGAGUCGGCUGAGAUUGUAAUGGAGGAUGGAUCUACCUGGGAAUCGAGCUUAAUGUCUAAUGGCUCAUACGAAUUCAUCGGAGUUGAUGAGCGAGGGCGGAUCAGCACGGCACGAUGGGUUAAGAAGACAUCAACACCAACGUCCCCCAUGCCCAGGGGUAAUGGCGAACCAACGCCACCUUCUAGCCCGUUGCCAGCAGAAGUCAAGUGGACUUUCAGUAUGAUACACCCCGAUACACGAAGGCACCCUAUUAUGGGCUCUCUCAUGUCGAACACGCUGGACGUCUUCGACACCUAUAAUACCAUGUCGACCUCAAGUGGCCGUUAUCCUCCCACACGAAACACACCGAUAGAUUGCAAGCUGGCUAGCGACUGGAUCGUAUCCAAUCCGCCCGAAAUCCAAUCGCGAUUAACAAAAGUUGUACCAGAUGACAUCAAGCUGCUGAUGGUCGCGACGGCAUCCUGGGUCAAUCUUCGACAAAGUGAAUGGUCAGCAUCGGGAAUCUGCAGGGGGCCAAGCACAUCACAAAAACGCACACUUAGCAAUGGCAGCCAGCAGAGAGCUCAGACGUUUCCUGUUCGGCCAAGUCUUCCUCUGUUGAACCCUUCGCACCAAUUACCACGCAUCAACACUAGCCCAGCUAGCAGUUCGUUGGACAGUUCCUCAUCGGAUAUGCCCUCUCGACGAAAAUCAGUCUCCAAUAAUGCUGGAUUUGUCAAGAGGUUCGUGGUACCUCGCGCCAGUGAGGAUGGGAGACCACCUCUGGAGUCACUCGAUAUUAAGUCAGACAGACCACCGACAAGACGUGUGAGCAUCAGCAUGCGCAACUUUGCAGAUAAAAUCUUCAGGCGGAGAAGUAAUUGCCAUGCCCAGGUGGAGGAUGCAUUUCAUCCCAAAUAG